AAGUUAGAAAAACGCUUUUACGAGGUAUCAGCACUUUUCUUUCAUUGGGGGAAAGGCGUGAAGAAAGUACCAAACAGCAGCAGACUUUUAAACUUUAAACAGACAGGUCUGAGAGCCUGAACUCUCCUCUUUUGACUUCAACCUCCAAGGAUUUCCACCACUUUGGCGCGCCGGCUUCACUUUCAUUAAGUGAAAGAGAGGUGCCCAGACAUGGGUGACUGGAGCGCCUUGGGAAAGCUUCUGGACAAGGUCCAGGCCUACUCCACGGCUGGAGGGAAGGUGUGGCUGUCCGUACUCUUCAUUUUCAGAAUCCUGCUCCUGGGGACAGCGGUUGAGUCAGCUUGGGGUGAUGAGCAGUCUGCCUUUCGCUGUAACACUCAACAACCUGGUUGUGAAAACGUCUGCUAUGACAAGUCCUUCCCUAUCUCUCACGUACGCUUCUGGGUCCUUCAGAUCAUAUUCGUGUCUGUGCCCACGCUCCUGUACUUGGCCCAUGUGUUCUAUGUGAUGAGAAAGGAAGAGAAGCUGAACAAGAAAGAAGAGGAGCUCAAAGUGGCCCAGACCGACGGGGUCAACGUGGAGAUGCACCUGAAGCAGAUUGAAAUCAAGAAGUUCAAGUAUGGGAUUGAAGAACACGGCAAGGUGAAGAUGAGAGGGGGCCUGCUGAGAACCUACAUCAUCAGCAUCCUCUUCAAGUCUGUCUUCGAGGUGGCCUUCCUGUUGAUCCAGUGGUACAUCUAUGGGUUCAGCCUGAGUGCCGUCUACACGUGCAAGAGAGAUCCCUGCCCUCACCAGGUGGACUGUUUCCUCUCACGUCCCACAGAAAAAACCAUCUUCAUCAUCUUCAUGCUGGUGGUGUCCUUGGUGUCUCUCGCUUUGAAUAUCAUUGAGCUCUUCUAUGUCUUCUUCAAGGGCGUUAAGGAUCGCGUGAAGGGAAGAAGUGAUCCUUACCACGCCACUACUGGCCCACUGAGCCCAUCAAAAGACUGCGGAUCUCCAAAAUAUGCUUACUUCAAUGGCUGCUCCUCACCAACUGCUCCACUCUCACCUAUGUCUCCUCCUGGGUACAAACUGGUUACUGGUGACAGAAACAAUUCCUCAUGCCGCAACUACAACAAGCAAGCCAGCGAGCAAAACUGGGCGAAUUACAGCGCAGAGCAAAACCGAAUGGGGCAGGCCGGAAGCACCAUCUCCAACUCCCACGCCCAGCCAUUUGAUUUCCCUGACGACAACCAAAACGCCAAAAAAGUUGCUGCUGGACAUGAACUCCAGCCACUAGCCAUCGUGGACCAGCGACCUUCCAGCAGGGCCAGCAGCCGCGCCAGCAGCAGACCACGGCCUGAUGACCUGGAGAUUUAAAGGUGGCUUGAGCAUUGAGCUGCCAAACGAUUGUGGAGAAAAAGGGUGCUUGCAGAACGUGCACCUGGGGUGUUCAUUUUGUUCCCGUGGAGGUGGUACUCAACAAUCUCAGUAAUGAGGCGUAGAAAACAAAGACAUUACAAUACCUAGGUUCCUUGGGGGUGUUUGGGAUAGCUGGGCGGAACAGAUACGGAUAAGGGAGGUACAUAUUGGUAUUUAAUGUAGAAGAUUCAAAGAACUUAAAUUCUAGUUAAGAGUCGCAUUGGGUGAACAUAGAUAAGGGCUUUCUCUCUCUGCCCCCCCCCCAACUGAACCUUAAGAAUGGUUCUGUAUACGUGAAUGCGUGGAUGAUAAUUUUUAAAUUUUUUUUCCUGAGAUUCUGCGAUAGCUUUGAGCAGGAAUCUGAGUCCUCAACAUUGCAUUUUCUUUAUGAAAAGAUAGGUUGUCCUACAUCCCCGCUAAAACAUUCCAGUGUUUAAAACUUGCAGUUUGCAGGUAAGCUUCCCUGGCCUGACCCUCCAGGUACGGAAGGACCUUAUGCAGGAUUUUCAUUCUUAGUAUCAAUUUGAAGUUCAGACAAGGCUCAAAGAAAAAGAUUGCCCAUGCAUUUACGUCUCAGUGGGUUCUUUUUCGAAUCUGUCUCACCGUUGUACCAUCCGUACAUCAUUCUCAACUGGUCCUUGCCCUCACCAAAUGGUUUCUAUUUUCUAUCGACAUUUUUAAAACAGUCAAAACGUCCUUUUUUUUUUUUUUUUUUUUUGAGUUAGCAUCAGGGAGGCAAGCCAUGCUCAAUAUUUAACAAUCGCUUCUACGUGUGGGUAUGCGUGUGUGUAAGUGUGUGUUUUGUCAUUAUUGGUACAAGCAGAGGCAGUAUAAACUCACAAAUAUAGAUUUGAAUUCAAUGCACACAGUGUUCAAAUUUGAACCUUUCUCGUGGAUUUUUUUUUUUUUUUUUUUUUUUUUUUUUUUUUUUUUUUUUUUUUUUUUUUGUGGUGUGGGCCAACGUGGUGUUUACAUUAUAGAAUUCCUGCCGUGCAAGUAAAGUACAGAUUUCCCCUAAAAUGUUGUUUUUCCGUGUAUCCUAUUGUGGAUAAUGAUUUUUGUUAAUUAUAAUUUUUUCUCUCUUUUUUAGAAUGUAGCAGUAAUAGCCAUUACUGAAAUGGAUGAUUUCCUUUUUCUGAAAUAUAAUCAUUGAUGCUUGAAUGAUAGAGUUUUAGUACUGUAAACAGGCUUUAGUCAUUAAUGUGAGAGACUUAGAAGAGGGUUGCUUAGAGUGGACUACCAAGUGAGCCUAAAGGAACCUUAUAGUAACUGGUGAUCUAAUUUUUGUCCUACUUAACUACACAUUCACUCAGAACUUGUAUUCUGAGUUUAACAGUCUUCUAGAUUGACGAGCAACAUGGAUGUUUGCACUAAGAUUUUCUUGGAAAUACUAGAGGGGGGUGAAGGCGGUUUCAGCAGUGCACAUGUAACUAAUUUAUUUGAAGUGUAUGCUAAAGACACCUACCAGUUUCUUCAAAUGACUUUUAAAAAACGCAUCACAAAUGAUUGAAAUGUUGAGUUAUCAUGUGUUUCCUCUUGCGAGUCAGCUACAUAAAGAGAUUUUUUUUGUACAAUGAGAAACUAAUUUGUUUGACAUUCCAUGUUAAACUACUGUCGUGUUCAGCUUCACUGCAUGUAAGGUAGACCUAGCCCAUCCAAUCAUGUGCUCGGGAGAGUGUUCUUUAUUCAAUAAAGUUUUAAUUUAGUAUAAUAAAGAUA